AUGGCUGCUUUGCAAUGCGCUAGUCUUGCACUGAGCCCCGACUUCUAUAGCGAGUCCUGCCCGGAAGCUCGGGCCACGGUCCUCGGUGUGUUGAAGAAAGCCUUGAAGCGAGACAAGAGGAUGGCGGCAUCGUUGCUUCGUCUCCACUUCCACGACUGCUUCGUCAACGGCUGCGACGGCUCCGUGUUGCUGGAUGACUUUCCGGGCUUCACUGGAGAGAAGACGGCACUCCCAAACGCAAACUCGCUGCGCGGAUUCGAGGUUGUAGAUGAGAUGAAAGCGGCGCUGGAGAGGAACUGCCCGGGCGUUGUGUCGUGCGCGGACAUCCUCGCACUCGCUGCUCAGCUCUCCGUUGAGAUGGUAACUGUAUAG